AUGAAGGGUCUUGUCAACGUGUUGCGCGUCGCGAGCGACGCUGAUCCUGCACCUGCUGCAGCUCCUGCAGUGGUGAUUGAUUUCGGGUCGUGUGGGGUGUUUAACCCUGCGUCGUCGGCCACGGCGGUGUCGUACUGGGACCAAGCCGACAAGUGUGGAGCUUGUUUGGCGACGUCUGGGUGCGGUUUCUGCCACUCGACGAUGCAGUGUUUGCCAGGCACGGCGGCGGGUCCUUCUGUGGCGGUGCCUUGCCCGGAUUGGCUAUUUGCUGAUGCGGCAACAUGCCCCCAGAAUCCGCACUGUGACCUACUGGUGGACUGCACCAGUUGUGCCGUUGCCGACUCGUGUGCGUGGUGCGCGUCCAAGUCCUUGUGUCUCACGGUCGAGGAUACGUACACAGCCGCUUGCCGUGGAACGGUGUUUGACCCCCCUUGCCCGGCCACUUUUGUGGCCGACAACCAAGUGGUGGGCAACUUGGCCGUGGUCGCAGACCCGGUGUUUGGGGGUGGCAGUCUUUCAGUGGAAGGCACGCGUCCCCUCGAUAAGAAUUCCUACCGCACGUCGGUAGAUGCGACUGGCGUGUCUGUGGACUCGGCCGGGUCGAUCGACUUGAAGGCUGGCGAUGCGACGACGAUGAACGUGUACGGCCAUUCUGUGAACAUUGAAGCUGGCAGUGGUACGAGCUUGAACCGCGGACGAGGUGGAUCUGUCUUGCUUGCUGCCGGCGUCGGACACGGCCUCGAGCGUCAAGGUGGAUCUGGUGUCGGUGGGGACGUCACUGUUAGCGGUGGCGAGUCCAAGGAAGCAACUGGCGGGAACGUCAAGUUGAUUGGUGGUUCGUCGACUUUAAUCGGCGGGGCAAUUUUGAUUUCGUCGGGUGGAUCGUCGACUGGUAGCAGUGGCCCUGUAACAAUGUCGACCGGGCCCGCUCCCCUUCACAGUGGCCCUGUCGUUUUGAAGACAGGCACGUCGUCUUCCAGUGGUCCCGUUUUCAUUUCGACGGGGGACGCUAGCAUUGCUGGCGCAAUCGCGAUGCAGCCCGGAGAAUCGUCGGCGAUUGGUUCUGUCGGGUCCAAGAUUACGCUAGCGGGUGGGUCGUCGACGUCUGCGACGGGGGGUACGAUCAAGUUGACUUCUGGUGUGUCGGCUCGUACAACGAGCGGAGACAUCUCGGUGCUUUCGUCGAGUGCCCCGAUUCAGUCGGGAAAUGUAUUGUUGGGUACCGGCACUGCUGCAAAGGGAGUGUCUGGGUCCGUGUAUGUCGCCACCGGUGCCACAUCGGACGAUUCGAAGAAGGCGGCAGGCGACAUUGUGCUUGUCAUUGGUGAAGAUAGCGGCGCGCUCCAAAGCGGAUCGGUGAUUGCGACGGGUGGACCGACCAAAGGAGGCGCGGCCGGCGGAAUCCAAUUGUCUGGCGGCGACAUCAUGGCGGAAUCUGUCGACACUACUUCCCGCGGUGGUGUCGUUGACAUUCGAGGGGGAAGUUCCAAGACAUCUGAGCCCACCAGCCGGGGAGGCAAUGUGCGUAUUGAAGGCGGUAGUGCGUUGGCUGGAGCCGGAGGGGGCAUUGCGUUCACGUCUGGUCGAUCUGAAGCCAGCAACAGUGGAGAUGUUCACAUCAAUACUGCGGUCGCCCAAACUGACAGCGGUGUCGUCAGCAUUAGCUCCGGUGCCUCUACGUUUUCCCAGUCUGGCGACGUGACACUGACCACGGGCGAUGCGUUGCAAGGCAAAGCUGGAUUUGUGAAGAUCCAAACGGGGUUGAGCCAAGGCGGUGCUGCAUCGGACAUCACCCUCAAUUCUGGCGCGAGCACGUCCUUGACCGGGGGAAAUAUCGUGCUGGAAACCGGCAAAUCUGGGACUGCGGCCAGUGGAGAUAUCAAGAUUGGGUCCGCCAACUCGGCCGCAUCUGGUGCAUUGACGUUUUCGUCCGGAAAUGCCCAAGACGGCUCCAGUGGAUCCAUUCGUUUGAGCACGGGCGACUCGGUUUCAGGCACUGUGGGCAGCAUCGAAGUUGCUACCGGCACGGGCAAGCAAUCAAUCGUGUCCAUCAAGGUUCUUGGCGGUACCACCAAUGCCGCCAACUCCCAAGGUGGUAACGUUCAACUUCAAGCGGGCGACGGCACGUCGUUGGACGCCGGCCGUGGAGGUGACAUGAAAUUGCAGGCUGGCGCUGGGUCGGGAGUUCACACGAGUGCGCAUGGAGUUGGCACUGGCGGGUCCAUCUCGAUCGCUGGCGGUGUUGCUCAAGAAGGUGUUGGGGGUAGCAUCACUCUGAGCAGCGGAGCGUCCACGCUUGGCACUGGUGGUGCGCUCGCGCUUACCUCUGGCACUUCGACCCAAAGCGGUAGUGGCAGCGUGUCGUUGGACACAGCACCAAGUGGAUCGGCUGGACCCUCUGGAUUCUUGUCGAUCUCAACUGGACAAGCAACACUGGGUUCGUCCGGUGGAAUUGCAAUUUCCACCGGAGCUGCAACGAACGGCCGUGCUGGUGCAAUUUCUGUUGGUGUUGGUGCCAGCGACCAAGGGGACGGCAGUGCCUUGUCGCUGCUGGCCGGUUUGUCCUCGGCGCCAGCAUCGGCAGGUGGGACCGUGACUGUGAAAGGUGGUGACGGUACCAGCGAUAACCAAGGCAAGGGUGGUGAUGGUGGCCCUGUAUCGAUUUCGGGUGGGUAUAGCUACGGGCUCUCCACGAACAACAAAGGUGGCGGCCUUACCAUGUCGGCUGGCAGUGCCAACAUGGGCUCUGGUGGAGACGUCAACGUUCUCGCGGGUGGAUCGCAGCAGUUUUCUUCAGGUGGAAUCAAGCUCAUGACUCCUCCGUCUGGCUCCAUGGGUGCAAGUGGCGGUAUCACCUUGACGACUGGUUCAUCCAGUGCGUACUCGUCUGGUGGCAUCAAGUUGACGACGGGCGCGGCGACAGCGGGGGCCGGCGGGUCGGUUCAGAUUUCAGUUGGUGCUGGUCAGUUCUUUGACGGCGGUUCCAUCAGUUUAGUCGCCGGAGAAACGUCGUCCCAAGGUCAAAUGGGUGGCAGUGUCCAAAUUGCCGGUGGGAUUGGGUCGUCGCCGAACGCAAUGGAUGGUGGUGACGGUGGCAACGUCCAAAUUCAAGGUGGUGCGGCCUAUGGUACCAACUCAUUGGACAACGGUGGUGCUGUCACGUUUACUGGUGGCACUGCAACAUCUGGAUACGGUGGCUCGGUCGCGAUGACUUCGGGAACUGGCAUGUCAUCGUCGUCUGGUAUGGUUGAGGUUCGAACGGCUAAUGCUGGUGCUCGUGGGGUCAGUGGCCUUUUGUCGUUGCAAACCGGGACGUCGAGCUUUGGCAAGACUGGAUCCAUUACGUUGACCACGGGCAAAGCUACGGCGGGUAAAGGUGGCCACAUGGCACUCUUUGUUGGGGACGGCGACACUGGUGAAGGUGGACACAUCGUCGUUGGUGCUGGGAUGACAACUGACACUCAAACGGGUGGGUACAUCUCCAUUGGCACGGGCUACAGUUUACAAACAUCAAGCGGGGAUCUUUCGUUGCGAACUCCAAACGCUGGUCAAAGUGGUGUUUCUGGAACGAUGUCACUGUAUACUGGCACGUCGAGUGCUGGUACGACGGGGGCGUUGCUACUUGCGUCGGGCACAGCAGUUGGUGGUCGUGGUGGUGACAUCAUCAUGCUUGUUGGCACUGGUGACACUGGCGACGGUGGCGAAGUGGCCAUCACUGCUGGUGAAACAACGAACCGACUUUCCGCCGGUGGUGCAGUGAGUAUCACCGGUGGUGAAGGCAGUAGUACAUUUUACGGUGGCGGCGGCACUGGCGGGUGGGUCAACAUUUACGGUGGUGCUGCCCAAGGUGCCAACAAAAACGACAAGGGUGGAUUUGUUCACGUCGAAGGUGGUUACGCACGAGCUGGUCGCGGUGGUGGCUUUUGGUUCCAAACUGGCUACGGUGAAGCGACUUCGAGUGGUGAUAUUCAAAUGUCAACGUCGAACGCGGGCACGAAAGGCGUGAGUGGCAACAUUCAACUGUUUUCGGGAACUACCAGCGCUGGCACAAGUGGUUCAAUUUCUUUGGAUACUGGAACUGCAGUGAAAGGAGCCUCGGGCUUUAUUGCAGCUCGCGCUGGUGUGGGCGACACGGGUGUCGGAGGUCAUGUAUUUGUGUCCGCCGGUCGCACAACUGACAAACAAUCGGGUGGUUCUGUCUUUGUCACGUCGGGCUUUUCCGAUCCAACUUCCAGUGGUGACAUUCGAGUUUCGACGGUGAAUGCUGGUGUAUCCGGCGUGUCUGGCUUGAUUUCCCUCCAAACGGGAACUUCUAGUGCAGGCACCACAGGCAUGGUCAAUGUCCUGACGGGUAAUGCAACUCGAGGCGCUGGAGGUAACAUCACCAUCAUUGUGGGUGCCGGCGACACGCGAAACGGUGGUGGUGUCAUCGUUGCUGCCGGUGAAACACGAGAUGCUGCUUCUGUUGGCGGUACUGUUUCGCUGUCGGCGGGACUGGGCAGCAGCACCAAUGCGGUGAAUGGCGGUAGCGGUGGGGUUGUCCUCAUCACUGGUGGUGAAGCCAUGGGUCAAAAUGCGAUUUUGAACAUUGGUGGACGGAUUCGACUGCAGGGAGGAAUUUCCGCGGCUGCGACGGGUGGUGCGAUUGAAAUUGCCAGCGGUUUCGGCCGCUCGACGUCAAGUGGUGAUAUUUCGAUUACCACGUCGAAUUCGAGCCUCAAGGGUGUCUCGGGAACCAUCUCUGUUGGCACUGGCACGUCCUUCUUUGGUACGAGCGGGAACAUCCAACUUACGACUGGGUACGCCGCCAUUGCCAGCGGUGGCAACAUUACGGCGAAUGUUGGCACAGGCGCGAAAGGACCUGGAGGUGACAUUGUGCUUGUGGCUGGAGAGACGUUGGAUGCAUUGGCCUCUGGUGGUCGUGUUAACAUCACUGCUGGAAUGGGAAGUAACACGCUCAGGUCUGGUGGUGGUCGCGGCGGUGCGUUGUCCAUGACUGCCGGGUCAGCCUACGGCGGUAAUAACCUUGAUGCUGGUGGCAGCAUGGAUGUCGCUGGUGGUUGGGCUGCUGUUGGCACCGGUGGUUCCGUUCGCUUGGGCUCCGGCAAGAGCGCAGCGACGUCAUCUGGAACUUUGGCUUUGUUCACUGCCGACGCAGGGACGGCGGGUAUCAGCGGCAUGAUCACCAUGUCAACUGGCAGGGCCACUGCCGGUCCGUCAGGUCUCUUUCAACUUUGGACUGGUGUGUCUACUGGUGGGUCCGGCGGUAGUAUCAACAUUGCAGUUGGUCAAGGCGAUACUGGCGACGGCGGCUUUGUUGCCAUUUCUGCUGGUACCACGAGUGCAAUUGGUCGUACAGGCGGGUCUGUCACGAUCUCCACUGGUGCGUCGCUUCCCAUGAGCAGUGGUAACAUUCAAAUUCGCACGCCUGACGCGGGUGUCAGCGGAGUUUCGGGUAGUGCUACCAUGUCGACUGGCACGUCUUCCAACGGCAACAGCGGUGCGAUUACCCUCUCGACUGGUGUUGCGACAGGCGGUGCUGGUGGCACAGUGUUGAUUUCCGUUGGGACCGGCAAUACCAACAGCGGAGGUGACGUUUUUGCUGAAGCUGGUGACACUCUUGCCAAGUCAUCUGGUGGUGGCCGCGUCGUUCUGAUAGCCGGCGACGGGAAAAAUCCUGACACGCAAGACGGUGGCCGGGGUGGCAACGUGAUUGUGAGCGCCGGCAAUGCGUUUGGCUUGAACCCGGUGUUGAACAGUGGUGGGAACAUCUCCCUUACUGGCGGCAAUGCAACCGCAAGUACAGGUGGCCGACUCACCUUUACCUCUGGCAUUGGUUUUGCUACAACCAGUGGUGAAAUCAUCAUGAACACGGCAAAUUCUGGCGCCGCCGGCGUAUCUGGAUCCAUCACGGCCUCCACGGGAAUUUCCUCUGCUGGAAGCUCUGGCGGCAUCACUCUGUCCACUGGCCUUUCAUCCGGCGGUGCUGGUGGAAAUGUUGUGUUAUCGGUUGGCUCUGGAAAUGUUGGCAGCGGGGGCAAGGUGCUCAUUACAGCCGGCGAAUUUCGUAGUUUUGCGACCGGUGGAGACGUCAUUUUGACCUCAGGACAAUCGUUGAUGACUUCGAGUGGGACUAUCCAACUGUCGACUGCUCGGGGUGGAGUGUCUGGCCAAAGUGGUAUGGUUUCCAUUUCGACGGGGACCACAACACUUGGUACAUCGGGAGUCAUUGCGUUGACAACAGGAAGAGCCACCGGCGGCCAAGGUGGCAACAUUACUUUGUCCGUGGGCAACGGAACGCUCAACAGUGGUGGCAACAUCAUGCUCACGGCCGGUGUUACGACUGGUGUGGGUGGUACGGGUGGUUUUAUCUCGUUGACGUCUGGAAUCAGCACGUUGACUACAAGUGGUUCGGUGAACUUGACGACGGCAAAUGCUGGGUUGUCUGGCGAGAGCGGCUUGAUCAGCUUUUCGACUGGAGUUGCAACUGGUGGACGAGGAUCGGGAAGCAUCUUCAUGCUGACUGGCAACGCUACCAAGGGCAAUGCAGGCAAUAUCACGGUUGCAGUGGGCUAUGGCGACACUGGGACUGGCGGCAAUAUCACAAUUUCUGCUGGCGACACGUUUGAUAUCAAAUCGUCGGGCGGUCGUGUCUACAUUGUUGGUGGCAAUGGAUUGAGCACGGAUGUCUCAAACGGCGGUGGUCGUGGUGGCCGCAUUGAUAUUGCUGGUGGUAUGGCUUAUGGCCAGAACCCAUCGUCAGAUCUUGGGGGACCAGUCAGCAUCAGCGGAGGGUGGUCUGCAAUGGCGUCUGGUGGCUCGAUAUCAUUGGUAUCUGGUGCAUCCAAUGCUCUGAGCAGCGGGACUGUGUCCAUUUCAACAGCUGAUGCAGGCCCUGGUGGAGUCAGCGGAAGUAUCACCAUGUCGUCUGGAUUGGCCAAAUCGGGCAAUUCGGGCUUGUCGAGAAGUGGAAAUGCUGGCAACAUUGCUGUCGCACCUGGCGCGAGUUCUGCUGUAACAGGCGCGUCUGUCAUAACAAGCGGUGCGUCUACAUCAACCACGAGCGGUGCCUUCAACAUUGCCACUGCCGCGUCUGGCCCGUUUGGAACCAGUGGAAACAGUUCGAUCACAACUGGUUAUUCUUCGACCGGCAAACCAGGAUCUAUAAUCAUGACCCUGGGUACCGCCGAAGGCGGAGAUGGUGCAGAUAUUGUUGUUGCUGGGGGCCCAUCGCUUACUGGUAUUGGUGGUGACGUGACCGUUUUGUCCGGAACGUCGGGCCUCCAAGGAGUCAGCGGUCGUAUUGCUGUGACCACUGGGACGUCUCAAAAUGGCCCAUCUGGGUCGGUGGUAGUGUCAACUGGUGGGUCGAAAGGUGGAUCUGCCGGCGAAAUUUUUCUCAGUGUUGGGAAUUCGUCCACAGCUGCUGGCGGUCAAUUGAGGUUGCGUGCUGGCGAUACUUCAGCAAAUUUACAAACUGGGGGCUCCAUUGCUAUCCAGACUGGCCAAAGCUCAACUCAAAGCAGCGGAGCACUGUCCCUUCGUACCUCAAACGCAGCGACUGCAGGGUCCGGAAGCAUCGCCAUUAACUCCGGCGCCUCGACAUCUGCGUCCGCCGGCCAGAUUGCUAUGUUUCCCGGGAGAAGUCAACUCGUUGGCGGAUUGAUUGAUCUGGAUGGUGGAGCAUCCGCCACUCAAACCGGAGGUGCGGUGACGUUGGCAUCGGGAUCUGCUGCAUCGGCUGUAUCUGGAAUGUUAGACCUGGAAACGGGCCCGUCAAGUUUUGGCUCGUCUGGACCUGUCAUUAUUAGUUCUGGGAAUGCUGAAAAGGGGUCGGCAGGCCGAGUUACGGUGUCAGCCGGAAGCGGCGGUCAAGGCGGCAACAUUGAGAUGUAUAGCGGCGAUUCGACGUCGGCUGGCAACGAUGGUGGCGCGAUCAUGAUGACAUCAGGGGAGAGAACUCGCGAGCUGCUGGUGUGCUACCGGGACAACUGGAACACUGACGUUGAGUACUGCAAGUGGAACUACAACCAGUAG